AUGGCAUUUAACCACGAGCCAUGAAUUUUGGGAAUCAGGAAUUCCCAAAUUAUCUAUUUACUAGGGUUUCGCAUUUCCGAUAAUGGAUCUCCAAUCGAUGGAUGUUCAGACGGCGAAACGAGAUUCGAAGGCGGAGGAGGAAUCUGCCCCUCCAGUCACGACAAAACCCAAACUUGAAGAGGAAGACCAGGAAGACGACGGUUAUAAAAUCUAUGUGGGAGGUAUGAGGUUGAAAGACGUGCCAGAUGAGGAACCGGAGUGGGAUGUGGACAGCUACGACGGUCGCGAAUACCAAUCAGAUCCCGAAGAUCGUAAGUAUUUCUCAGACGAAGACGAGUAUAAUGAAUACCGUCUUGACCAGCGCCAGAAAUGGGAGAGUAAGGGGUUUAUACCAGAUUUCGCAAACGGAAUCCACAAUUUUGGUAAUCUGGACGAACCAGCGGGUAAAAACAGGACUAUUAAUGAGGAGCUGACAGAGCUGGCUUCCGUGUGCGUUAAGAAACUCAACGAGGACAAGGGAAAGUGUGUGGAAUUGGUGAGUAUUGUGCGAGGUAAUAUAAGUGGGGGACCUCAUUUGAAGGUUUAUAUAACGUUUAUGGCUCGGGAGUAUGAGAAUGGGCCUCUUGUAGAGUAUCAAGCCAAGGUGAUGAGGUACGCUGCACAUCGUAAACCUCCCUUUCCCAUACUCUGCCGGCCAAGUCCCACCCCCACAUCUAAACUUACAUAGACCCUUAUAAAUUGAGGCGGGAGCUUGUGAAGAUGAAGACAUAUUGAAAUUAGGCUCUCUAGUUUAUCUGAAUGUAAGCGGAAAGUUGUGAGUUACACUUAUGGAGUUUAGUGUUUGAUGCUAUGUAUCUUAUCACUUGGAUUAUGAAUUUGGUGACGUUGGUUACGGUAGUAGUCGAAUGAAAUGGAACCGGGUUUUCUUAAGUAGGCCUCAAAACGGUAACUCACUGUCUUGACCUUGACAGGAUGUAUUGGAUUCAACAUUUUGUGGAAUUUUGGGAAUUUCAGAUUUUAAGAGAUUU